CUAAGCAACCAGUCUAGCCCACCUUUGUUUGCUCUGGUGGCGCAGCAAAGGUGUAGUCAGAGCUCCUUGGCAAUGCUCUGGGCUGCCUCAGUCAUUUCUCUGAGUUGCUGAACAGCUGUGGUCACCUGGCAGUGUGAGGCCUGAAGGACAAUCCUGACUUGGCUUUCCCUCAUAAGACACAAACUAUUAGCAGAACCACCAGAUUUACGUGGGGCCAAAUGGUAACCCUAAAGACCAUCCAGAAUGAUGACUUCUGGAACAAUCCCUGGGAUGUGGGGGGCCUGAUAGUGGUUGGCUUAUUCACCUCCACAUUCCUGUUCUUCAUCGUAUUUGCCAUUGUGUUUGGAUUUGUGGAAAAGACUCUGUGCAGAGAGGACUGACCUGACUUCCUGGAGCCUAGAGGGCAGCAAGGAAAGCCGGGCUGACCUGCUCACCCCAUACCUGCAGGAGCUCUGUGGUCCCUCUGGCUCAAGGAAGAAUCUAUGUGAACCACUGGAUCUGGCUUAGGGGUUGGUCAAAUAGAAAGAUGGGAAGGCUGGUCUGAUACCAUUUCUGGCUCUCCCACCCUGCUACCAGUUGACCUGCUAACACUGUAAGCGCGUGGAGAGAGACUCGCUCUACCUCAAGUGAGAGCAGAAAUGGCUAACAAAGCCUUUUAUAAGGGUCUCUGCCCAGGCAGCAAUUUUGCAAGUCCUCAACAGAGGAGACAAAACAUCAGAUGAAGUAAAAAUUCCUUUCCAAAUCCUCUAA